UAUCAGCUCCUCUAGCGUUCACCACAGUGUCUAAUCACAGAGCACAGACUCGGAGGUAACACUGUGGCAUCGAUAGCACCAUGGAGUAGUUCUUCAUUUUCUUUGAUGGCUUCUGCAUCCUGGCUGGAGUGUAAGGAGACAGCAAUAGCGCGACCAUCAUUGACGUGACCGUGUUGGGAAAAUGGCCUCGGACAACAUACAGCGGAGUUACUCCAUCAUACCGUGCUUCAUAUUUGUGGAGCUGGUCAUCAUGGCAGGCACGGUGCUGCUGGCCUACUACUUUGAGUGCACCGAUAUAUUCAGCAUCCACAUCCAGGGCUUCUUCUGCAACGACGCUGAGCUGAUGAAGCCCUACCCUGGAGUGGAAGAGAACAGCUUCAUCCCUCCACUCAUCCUCUACUGCGUGGUGGCUGCAGCUCCCACCACUAUCAUCUUCAUCGGUGAGAUCUCCAUGUACAUGAUGAAAUCCACAAGAGAGGCUCUCGUUGCUCAGGAGAAGAUGAUCGUCACCGGAGAAUGCUGCUACCUGAAUCCGCUCAUUCGCAGGAUCAUCAGGUUUAUCGGUGUGUUUGCGUUUGGCUUGUUUGCGACGGACAUCUUUGUAAACGCCGGGCAGGUGGUGACGGGCAGCCUGGCGCCCUACUUCCUCAACGUCUGCCAGCCUAAUUACACAGGCACAGAGUGCCGCCUCAACCACCAGUUCAUCUCCAAUGGCAACAUCUGCACUGGGAACCGGGGGGUGGUGGAGCGAGCCAGGAGAUCCUUCCCAUCCAAAGACGCCUCACUCAGUGUUUACUCGGCUGUCUAUGUCACUAUGUACAUCACGAGCACGAUCCGGACGAAGAGCAGUCGUCUGGCAAAGCCCGUGCUGUGCUUGGCCACGCUGUGUGCUGCGUUUCUCACAGGUCUGAAGAGGGUGUCCGAAUAUCGGAAUCACUGCUCGGAUGUUGUCGCCGGCUUCAUCCUGGGAGCCUCCAUCGCUCUGUUUUUGGGACUGUGUGUGGUGAAUAACUUUAAAGGUGCUCACUCGACUGCUACCAAGCGGAAGACGGAGGAAUACCGCGGCCUACCGCUCAUGACAUUCCCGCGUGUGGAGAGCCCGCUAGAGACCCUCAGCGCACAGAACCAUUCAGCAUCCAUGACUGAAGUGACUUGACUAAGGGGCCGGCACCGAGUCACCUUCACUUCACCUCAACACUUCUAGGCACAAGAUGUUUUUGUACUGUCGCAUACUGUAAGAAAAAAAAGAGAAUGAAAAAAGAAAUCAAAGAAAAUAGUAUUAUGUUGGACCAAGUUAGAAGCAAAUGUUUUGUACAUUUUGUAAAACACAGUGCUGUAGCUUAUCCUUCUGUUAUUUCUGAUUCCACAUCAGGAUUUCUGCCUUCCUCGUCAUGUUCUACAUAACAAAGUCAAAUCAAAUCUAUAUAUGAUGUUACUCAACUAUCGAUGUUAUAUGGUAUUUGUACAAAAAAUGAUUUUAUUCUUUUUUUUUCCUAUCAAUUUUUUUUUUGACAAAGAUCAUCUUUUUUUGUAUUAUUUUUAUCUGUAUAAAGCAUUUGAUCAACAUUGCCUGCUGUUUCUCCAGGAAUGUUUUUGGUAUUCUUAUUUUUUGAUGUAAUAUAAAGAUACACAAUGAAUUGUGAAAAACAGUUUUUAUUUCUAAUGGCAUCUUUAAAAAAAAAAUAAUAAUGAAAAUAAAAAAAAAAUUCACGACCACUGCAUGAAAGUACACAGACAUUUGACGACAUGUUUCAUUCU